UGCGAGUCGGGCUCUCAUCUACGAAUUUAGUCAUCCCAGGUUACGAAGCGAUCGGAUCAACCCGAGCCUGCCGUCACGGACGCCAAGGCUACCAAAUGGCGCACGGCGUGGCUGUGGGGUUUGGAAGGCCUCGCGUCGCCAGGUACAGAUGCAACGAGAUGCAAGAUGUUGCGUCGACCACGAUCGCGGAAUUGGGUGCCGACUGCGCGACCGCCACCGACGCGAACAACGAUAUCUGGGGCGCGUGUUCGCGUGUGUCGGCACGAACGUCUCGAACAGAUCGACGUAUCACGGAUGAUAUGCUCGACAUCACCAAGUUCAGGUACUUGCAGGCUCCUGAGACGGCGGUCUUGUUGAACGAACCCAACUACAUCGCCAGUCACCUGUCUUCCUCCCCAAGUCAUCACGUAUUUGAGCGACGACGGCGAGCCGCCCCGCAUCACCAAUUCGUCGGUAACUGCCUCGAAGACGACAUGUUGGCAGACAACGUCGACACGCGAGACUGGUCGCCUGGCUCGACCAUCUUCAGCGCCGUCGACACAAGGUCGUGGCCUUGCACAACUGUGGCGGGUGUGCCGGGACCUGCGGCGCCAACACCGGCUACAAGCUCGAGCGCAUUAUGAAUCUGUUGAAGUCCUAGGACGGCUACGCAGACUGUUGGAUUGCACCUGGUCUUGUCGUCAAAUCGGCCAACGUCGACACGUUGGCAACUCGGGGUUGCCGAUACUCGACGCCCUCGACAGCAAUGUCGUGGCAUUGCACAACUGCGGUGGGUGCACUGCGACGGGCGGUGCGAACACAGUGUAGUGAAUGUAAUCUAUGGGCGUUUGCUUUUCUGUGAAUAUGAUCGACCUACGCUGUGAUUGUUCCGCAA